UGGAUCGGCGAUCGCUUGCUGAGCUGAGCUGAGCUGAGCUGAGCUGAGCUGAGCGAGAUGAGAGCAAGCGCAUGCCCUGAGCUGCCGCGCCCGCGCGCCCCAGCCGGCCGUGUAGCUAGCCGAGCCGUGGAGUGGAACACAAAUACGGUACGGUACCGUAUACCGAUUGUUUUGAUUUUGUUAGAUGUGAGCAGGCAGGAUUUCAUUUUACCGUACUUCAUCAUGCUCGCGCGCUCAGAUCAGCGCAGCUUCGAGUUGUGGAGAUGUGGGAUGUUGUAUAAUGACGCUAGAUCAACACAAAGCUAUCAACUUUUCCAACUUGGAUGCCUUCAACUGUUGAAUUGAAAGUUGAAGUUCAACUUAAGUCAAGAAGGCUCCGUCCGGGGCCGGGCGAAGCUAGGUUACGGUUACUUGGCCUAGGCCAGCGCCAUUUUAGUUCAAAAUGGGAAGCAGCAUCCUGCCUUUGCACCAGACAGCCUGUAGCACAGUUUGUGAGGCCUUGCUUGAUCACAAUGAUCCACAUUCUGAAGACAAUAGGAGGACAGGAAGACAUCUUGUUGAGCAAUUGAAAAGCAAUGUCUUUGCUCCCAUUAGCGGUGAUGUCCUCAAGAUGUUUGUGAAAAGGUACCCAUCUUGUUUGACAUCGGAUCUUUUGCUCCUACUAGCUCCACCUCAUCUGAGAGUCUUGGACCUUACAAAAUGCCACAACAUUGGAAAGUCCGAAAGUGACCUGCAAGCUCUCCGACAAGCUUUCUCCAGAUGCAAACACCUGCAAAGUUUGGUUCUGAAUGAAAUAAGAAGUGAGGCCCACAACACUGAAGCUUUGAUUGAAGCUAUUGUUGAUACAGCACCUCAACUGACUUCAGUUUCAAUGGAGCACAUACCAGUAAUUGAAGACAAACAUGUUCAGAUUUUACUGAGAGGAUUACCUUUCCUGACUUCCCUGAAUUUGUCUAUGUGUGAAUGCAUUACGGAUGAUGUCUUCUACCUGAGUCAAGAUCAACUCUCAGAGAUUAGGCCAUGGAAAGAUAACAGUUUUCCUGGGAGCCAUCUUGCAUCAGUGGACCUCUCUGGGUGUCAGAAUCUGACCAAUACAUGCAUAAGGCAUCUACUGGAGCUCUGUGGACCAAACCUGAGGAAUCUCAAUGUUUCUUGCACAGCAAUGGACUUCUGUCUUUUGUGGUAUCUGUCUGGUUAUAGUUUGUCCUCAACGGUGCAGUUUGUUUUACAGGCAAAGAGGAAUCAAGAUGAGCCAUACACAGAUGUGGCUUUUGAAGAACUUCUGGAGACUUUCAACUCCUUACAGAGGAGACUAGAUGAGAUGAAGAGAGGUGUCUUGGUUGAUAAGCUUCAAGGAGCAUCAUCAGAUGUUGGAGCUCAUGUACAAAAUGAUUCAAGAGAAACUGAUUUUAAGAAAGAAUCAUCAGUGAAUUCUGAAACCGUUUCAAAAGAGCAGGUUGGUGGACUUGGUGCAUCAGCAGUUGAAUGUGAGGACCUGGUACCAGGUAGCAGCUGUCCAUCCAGCAUAGCAAACGGUACUGAAAAUACUGCAAAUACGGAUUGGUUGGAAGAUGAAGAUUUAAUUGCAUCACCACAAUGUGAACCUCUGGAUGCUGCAGGAAACUCUGUGGUGCUCAGUAACAGUGAGUUUGAUCAAUCAGGACUAGCUUCUGACUUAUCAAAUUCUUUUGAAACCCGUACUGACUCAAAUGUGGAUACAAAACAUGGCACAAGUGUGUGUAGCAAUAGAGAAGUCAGUAUUGAAAUUGAUUCUGAAGAAAGCAAUGGUAUGGUAAAUAAAGUAAAUACAAGUUGCAAUUCCAAAGCUGGUGAAACGGUCUUCCCAGACCCCCAAACCAGGAAUGCAUGUGAUCUGUUCAAUGCAAGUGGAUCUGAGCAGCUUCAUCAUGUGGGUGAUGAAAGUGAGCUGCUCGUAACAGCUGAUAUGAACAUGAAUGUUACAAAUCCAUGUGAUGACAGCAUGCAAUGCCAGUUGUGUGGUCGUAUCAAUAGAACUUGCAGAUUAAGUAAAACUGGAUCAGCAAGUGGGAUUCUUGAACAAAACAAAGAGUCUGUUGAUUAUGGACUUCCAAUAAAGCUCACUGAUCAAGUCAGUAUAAUAAGUGAUAUAUCAGCCAGCGACCCACAAGAUAGCAAAUGUGAUCUUGAUCAAAACCAGAGGAAUGUUAAUUCAAGUAUCCUAAAACAUGUGGAGAGUGAUUCAUAUUCUGCUAUGGAAAGCAGAUGUGAUCAAUGUCAAGAUUCCACAAUACUUGUAGAAGAGGGUCACACAAAUACACAGGCAAGCCAAAUGAUACAUGCAGGUUACAUGCAUCAAGAUGUGCUGGAAACUCUUCUUUUGCCAAGUGACAAGUGUUAUUCAGAACGUCCAAGAUUUUUAUCUUGUGAUGAGCAUAUAUGUGAAAAGACUGGACAAAGUAUGUUGCAAGAUUCUGAUCCCUCUCCAGGUGUAGAGUUGGCCUCAGCAUGCGCAUUUCAAUUGGCUUCUGCAACAGCUACCUAUAGAGCCAUGGAAACUACUAGCAUGAGUGGGGAUGAAAGUUUGCUAGAGAACACCUCAAGUGUUACAAAGCGUAACCUAACGUCACCUGUUGAAGGGACUGCUGUGUGUUGCGCUAUAGAGAUGAAAGAGAGCAGCUCAUCAAGUGGAAAUAGGAGUUCAUCUCUGGAUGGAAGUACUACUGAACCUCCUGUUGGUAUGCAUUCCACCUCUGAGAUGACAGUUAAUGAUGGCACAAGGACUUGUUGGUCUACAGAACCUAGUGAUUGUCUUGAUUCUUUAUUGCCAGCUGCAAUGCAAAAUCCUAUACCUCGCCUCUUUGAACCAAACAUAGUCUCACUGGACAUAAGUUUUAUUGGCUUGAACUAUGCUGUACAUGUAGUUUCAUCUUGUUUGGAGGACUGCUUUUCAGUCAACCAUCAGGUCAAGGAAUUGGUCCUGUCUCAGAAAGCCCUGACAGAUGCCAUGUUGGAGAUCAUCUCUAAGAAUGUCAAGGAUUUGAGAAAUUUCAAAAUGUACGACUGUCAAGAAAUCAGCAAUGAAGGUCUUGCAUCAUUCUUGAAAGGAUGUCCUAAUCUCCAAUAUUUGGAUAUUCAAGGCCCAAGUCAUAUUGGUGAUCAAGGGGUAUAUCCAAUCUUUGAGCAUGGUGAGAAUAACAAAUUGAGCGUUAUCAAGCUGUCAGAGACGUGUAUCACUGAUAUCACCCUCCACAGAAUAGCAACAACCAUUGGCCAGAAGCUUCAGGAGUUGGUGCUACUCUGGUGCGAUGAUGUCACUGAUGCAGGUCUUUACAAGAUAGCUCAUCACUGCCCAUCUCUGACGACGUUGCUUCUGAGGCAGCGCACUAUGCGGUCAGAAACACUUCAGGCCUUUGUGUACAAUUGUCCUCACCUGAAGGAUGUUGGGCUGUCUUCAAUUAGUUGUAUAACAGGGGAACUCAUGGAAUCUCUAGCUUCUAGACUCAAGAGACUUCAAAGACUGGAUGUCAGCUGGAAUUUUGAUUUAACGAACCAGGCUGUCUCAGCCAUCUUGUCAUCUUGUCCAGUCUUGGAAGAGCUAUUACUUUGUGGUGUCAGGCAGAUCACAGAAAAGCCUUUCCUAUCUAUCAUAGCAAAUUACCCCAAGUGGAAGAGAUGUCGGUUACUAAUUCAAUUGAAAAUGAGAGAACAAAAACUGAGAAGAGAUACUGGGUUUGCUCAGCUUUCGAGUGAUGAGGAAUUUGAAGAUCUUUACGUUCCUCACCGUUCAACCAGCUAUGCUCCAUCGCUUCAGAAUCUUGACUUGCAGUACUGUGACCAUGUCAAUGACAAUCGUCUCCAGGAAAUUGUGGCUGUCUGCAAAGGCGCUCUCAACAUCAUAAAUUAUUAUGGAGAGGACAUCAUGCCUAAGCUUCUGCAUUCAGUGUAGUUUGGGCUACCCAGACUGAACAUUCCAUUCUAAUUCCAUCCAAGAAUUUGCAGAAGAUGCAAAUUUGAGAUCGAAAAAUCAUAUAAAUGUUUCAUUCAUGAUUCAAACUGGGAAAGAUGAAAAUAAUGACAAUUUGUAAUCUAUCUGAAAAAAACUGUCUCCAUUUUAGUUCUAAAGAAGGAUAGCUGCUCACAAGUGCGGAGGGAUAACCAUUCUACAAUAUAUAUAUGUCACUGGUUAUGUGGUUUAUUCACAUCAAAUGGAUGUUCUAGAGAUCAUGUGUACACAUGCAGUAUGGGAUUGAAUAUCUUAUUUCCAGACAAGACACCAGGGCUAUUCCAUGUAGGUGUGUGUAAAGUUACAACCCUACAAAUGGCCGGAAUAUGGCAGGCCAUGUGGGUGUCUCAAUAGUUGUGAAUUCAUCAGUGUAGUACAAGAAAUAGUUUUGGAUUGUCCAUUUGUCCUUGUGUACAAAUGCAUUAUCAGCCAUUCAGUAAACUCGUUUUAAACUAGACUUUUUUAUAGUUGCAGAAACCAUUAUGAGCUAAAAACUUUAAACUCAUGGCCUCAGAAAUGGAACUUGAAUUGUUUCUUGGUGUUUUCCUACAUUCCAGAAAUGAUGAAAGAAAUCCAUCAAUUAUACUUUAGAUCUUGUAUGGAAAUGAUUUAUGUACAAUGAACUGAGACUCUUUAUUAUGUCAUAUUUAUUUAAAAUUUGUUUUGUACAUUGUUUAAGUUAUGAAUAUUAAUAUUUUAUCUACAAUUCAGUAGAAAUAGAUUGAUAAAAAGAAAUAUUCAAACUUGUGUAAUUAUAAUGUAGAGGCUCUUCAUGUUUAAUUUGUAUUUCAAAAUUUUGAUUUCUAGAAUUACAAUUUCUGGUUUCCAUAUCGAGAGGAAAUAAGCUAGAAAUCAUGUCAGGUCUUAUGGAGAAUGGAUUGUUAUUUGCUGACUCCAGACUAAGUACUGGAAAUACCUGUAAGAGAUGUCUCUUUGAGGAAAGCAAGCUUGAUGUACCAGAGAGAAAAUAUUUUACCAAGCCCUUUUAAAGCCUUAGGCAACUUGUCUGGCCAGGUAAAGAGAGGUUAUGACUUUAACCCAAGGAAAUGGAUGAAAUUUCAAUUGGCAUUACUUAAUGUCUGCUAGUCUUACAUGUAGUCCAACUCAGGGUAAUUGACAUUAGCUGUUAAAAGGUUAAGAAUCCAAGUGGUGUAAAAUUGCCUAUGAAAACUGAGCUGCUGUCAGGAAGACCUCAAAAGAAAUAAACAAAGGGCCUCGUCAAUAAUUGUGGGGGGGGGGGGUACUGCCAUGCUCAUACUAAAAAGUAUGUCAAAUGGAUGUUUUCACGACUUGGCAGUGUACAUGUGAAAUUGGUACCCAAAGAAUAUUUGAGCUAUUAUUUAUUUAAGGUACCCUGAGAUUUAAGGUCCAUUUUGAAAUUCAUGUAUGAGCAUGGUGUUCACCUUGCAAUUCCAGUGCCAUACCCCCCUCCGGCAAUAAACAUACAAUUGAUUUGUAUCAAAUAAUGUGUAACUUCUACUAAUCUUAGCAAUAUUUAUGGCGAGCUUUCAUCCACUCCUGUGGACUUUGAUUUGUAUGUUUAUAUAAGAGAAAAGAUAUGACAGAGUCACAGAAAAACUUAUUUAUUAUAAAACAUGUUUUUCAUUAUGUCUACAUAUACAGCAUUAAAUGUCAAUUCAAUUUUAUUUACUAUCAGAUGAGAUGAUCAGCUGUAUUCUUAUAAGAUAGUGUAGUAUCGCUUGUAAAGUGAAUACAAGUAAAAUAAAAUAUAUCCAAUGUAUCUUACAGAUGUAAGAAUUUAUGAAAAAUCAUGUCGAUAUGAAAUAUUGUAUAGUGAUAAAAUUGGUUUCUCUGGCUAGUUUCACAAACAUUCACAAUCGCUAAGUUUGUGAAAUCCCUAUGGCAAAUGUACGAUGUAUGACACAAAUUUCUGUGGUUUGUCGAAUGUUUGGGGUAACAUGUCUCCAUAUCUUGAAUUCAGAUUUUGUACCCCAAACCACUACUUUAUAAUGGUAAAUACAUGUAUAUCUUCAUAUCUUAUGUAAUUGAAAACACUGAUUUAUGGAAAUUAUUUUAUAACUGAUAUGCAAGGAAUGGCAGAAUUCAGAAAUUUACCGUAAUGUAGAGGGUUAAGUAGAGUAGUGUGAAAUGAACAAGUAUCGAUCCAAUGGUGGUCCAGGCACAACGACCGAAAAUAGUUACGAUUAAGUACUUAUGCUCGACUCAUUUUGCAUAAAACCAAGCAAUUAUGCUUUUCUUAACCAUGGUUAGUAUGCUUGAUUGCCCAAUUUUGCUAUUGGAACUAAAACCAAAAUCUAGCUCAAUCCUUUGAACCUGGAAAGCCGGAAAAAUGGCUUCACCAUGAAUGUGCAUAAACCCUAUAUUAAUGCCGGAAUACCAUCUUCAAGUCAUGUGAUUAAAAAAGCAAGGGUUUUCGAAACUUUCAGGUGACCUUUUAAACAUGACAUUUUAGAGAUAUUCAGUCAAUAACUUAAGUUAAUUUCGACAAAUGGCUUUCAUUUGUAAGGUUUUAGCAACAAGAGUGACCAAAAUAUACGACCCUACCAAGGAGGGUCGUGCAAUAAUACACAGCUUUACUUCCGUCAAAGCAGUGAUUUUGAGACAAAAUUUGAGAUUAUCGUUAAUAAUCCUCUGUGGAUAGGUCCAUGGAAGCUACACAACAUCAGCUGAGCCAGGCCGGAUACAAGCGGAGUAAGGUGCUGCUGGCGUGGCUGGGUUGGAAUCAUGAGAAUUUGAGAUCAUUUAUUUCAAAUGUCACAUAUUUCUGCAAAAAAUUCAUGGUGAGGGUCACGACAGUCCCAAAUAAUUCAGGGUUCAAGUCAAUUUAAGUAAGAUGUAUAGCAAAUCAAUUGUUUCAUUUUGUUACCUAGAAAGUGUAUUUACCUUUACUCGGGCAUUUUGCAUCCCUAGCGAAUAAUUUUCAGUUUGGAAAGUACUCACAUACUUUUUUUAUGAUAAUAUAAGGUUGAGUCAACGUCCAACUAAUAGUCAAGCUGAGUAAAUAGAGCAAUUAAAAGAGAAUUAAAUAAAAGUGCUAUUUGAGUCAC